AUGUCUAACAUAGUUGGUAUUGAAUACAACCGUGUCACAAAUACUACAUCUACUGAUUUCCCAGGGUUUUCUUCUAGUGGUGAAAAUGCAUGGGAUGUUGAAAAAUUUAGAGAUACUUUUGAUAUCCAAAUUUCAAGUUUAACUGAAAGGGAAGCAAAUUUCGAUUUAAUUCACAUUGACACUUCCAUUGCAAAUGCCUUUCGUCGUAUUAUGAUCUCAGAAGUACCAUCAGUUGCUGCCGAAUAUGUUUACUUCUUAAAUAAUACAUCUGUCAUUCAGGAUGAAGUCUUAGCUCAUAGAAUAGGUCUGAUCCCAUUAAAAGUAGAUCCAGAUAUGUUAACUUGGGUUGAUCAAUCUUUACCAGAAGAUGAAAGAUUCAAUGAUGAAAAUACUAUCGUUUUGACACUAAAUGUUAAGUGUACAAGAAAUCCAGAUGCUCCAAAAGAUUGCACUGACCCGAAGAUACUAUACAACAAUUCUCAUAUUUAUGCACGUGAUCUUAAAUUUGAACCUCAAGGUAAACAAGUCGAAACUUUUGCUAAUUGUCCAGUAGUUCCAUGUGAUCCUGAUAUUUUAUUAGCUAAACUAAGGCCUGGUCAAGAAAUUUCCUUAAGGGCACAUUGUAUUCUUGGUGUUGGUGGAGAUCAUGCUAAAUUUUCUCCAGUAGGUACCGCUUCUUAUAGACUAUUACCACAUAUUAAUAUUACUGAAUCAAUCAAGGGUGACUUGGCUGAAAAAUUUCAAAAAUGUUUCCCAAAGGGUGUCAUUGGAAUCAACAGCGAUGGUGAAGCAUUUGUUAAAGAUGCUAGAAAGGAUACAGUGUCAAGAGAGGUCCUAAGACAUGAAGAGUUCGAAGGUAAAGUAAAAUUGGGUAGAAUUAGAGAUCAUUUCAUCUUCAAUGUGGAGAGUACUGGUGCUAUGACACCUGAAGAAAUCUUUUUUAAAUCUGUUAGAAUUUUAAAGAAUAAAGCUGAAUAUUUAAAGAAUUGUCCAAUAAGUCAAUAA